AUGGGCAGGAUAAUUUUCUAUGAGGACAGAAACUUCCAGGGCCGGUCCUAUGAGACCAGCAGCGACUGUGUCGACCUCUCCUCCUACCUGAGCCGCUGUAGCUCCAUCAGGGUGGAGAGCGGCUGCUUUAUGGUCUACGAGCGCCCCAACUUCAUGGGCCACCAGUUCUUCUUGAGGCAGGGAGAGUAUCCUGACUACCAGUACCUGAUGAGCAUGGGCAUGAUGGGAGAGUCAGUUCGAUCCUGUCGUGUGAUCCCCAUGCACAGAGGAACCUUCCGAAUGAGAAUCUAUGAAAGGGAGAAUUUUGGUGGUCAAAUGACGGAGCUGACGGACGACUGCGAGUCAAUCCAGGACCGUUUCCGCAUGUCCGAUUGUCAGUCCUGCCAGGUGAUAGAAGGACCCUGGCUCAUGUAUGAGCAGCCCCACUACAGAGGCAGGCAGAUGCUCAUGAUGCCAGGAGAGUACAGGAGCUUCCGGGAGAUGGGCAUGAGAAUGCGUGUCAGUUCCAUUAGGCGCAUCAUGGAGCCCUGUUGA